UUGCUGGCAGGGACCUCAUGCCCAGGACCCUGGAGGGGCAGACCCCCAGGGAGAAGACCCCCAGCUACUUUGUCACCAAGGAGGCCCCCGCCCGCAUCUCCUCCAUGUCCAAGGGCACGAAGCUGAUCGUGGUGGUGCGGGACCCCGUGACCAGAGCCAUCUCGGACUACACCCAGACGCUCUCCAAGAAGCCCGACAUCCCCACCUUUGAGAGCCUGACCUUCAAAAACAGGACUACGGGCCUGAUCGACACCUCGUGGAGCGCCAUCCAGAUCGGCAUCUACGCCAAGCACCUGGAGAACUGGCUCCUCUACUUCCCCAUCGGGCAGAUCCUCUUUGUCAGCGGGGAGAGGCUGAUCAGCGACCCCGCGGGGGAGCUGGGCAGGGUCCAGGACUUUCUGGGCCUCAAGAGGAUCAUCACCGACAAACACUUCUACUUCAACAAAACCAAGGGGUUCCCCUGCCUGAAGAAGGCAGAAGGCAGCAGCAAACCCCACUGCCUGGGGAAGACGAAAGGCAGGACCCACCCCGACAUAGACCAGGAGGUGGUGCAGAGACUGCGGGACUUCUACCGGCCCUUCAACAUGAAGUUCUACCAGAUGACGGGGCAGGACUUCGGCUGGGACUGAGCCUUGCGUGGGAAAGGCCCCUGUCAUUACUUGCCCAGCACGGUUUGCGUAUAUAAAGAGAUAUAUAUGUAUGUAAAAUGUACAGAAAUCUAUUUUAUAAUAAUUUAUUUUUAAUUCCUAAGCAAUUAAUUCACUAAGCUGCCUAACCGCACUGGCUAGAAGGGUAGCCCGUAACCUGUUUAACAUUCCACGGUCUUUAAUUCUAAUAUGUCUCUCCUAUUUUGUUGGGGUUUUUUCCCUUCUGUUUUCUCCUCUUUUUGGUUUGGUUUGUAACAGACGGUGCUUCCAUUUUUCCUAAAUGAAAUUUGUAUUAAAAAA